CCUCCGAUGCUUUAGAUAUGGCACAAGGGUCCUCAACGCAAUCUUUGGACAUGGCGACGGAGCAGGAAAGGCCAGUCAGCAUUCCUUGGUCUUGUUGGUUCGACAACAACCAUGGACGUGGGCAGCAUGGCGUUCCCGGGUCACUUGGACGCUGUCUGCGACGCGCUAAUUAGCCGGUUACUUCCGGCCCUACAGCCUGUGGUGGAACAAGCAGCAAGCAAAGCAGCCUUGCUGGCCGUUCAGAGUCUGCAAUCUGACAACUCACCUGGAGCCACUUUGCUGGGCCGUGUGCCCCCUGAACAGCUGGUGACAGUGGAAUGGACCUUCACAAACAGUUCUCAAGAAGCCUGGCCCGGCUGUCACUUACGCUACCUGGGUGGAAGUCUCAAGCCCUCCAAAGUGGGAAGUCAUGAGAGAUCCGUCGCACCGCACGAGACUGUCACCUUGGAAGUGGAGAUGCAGGUGCCCGGUGCUCCGGGUCCUUGCGAGGCUUCGUGGCAGCUGGAGACUCUACAGGGCCAACCCUUAGCACCACCGAUGCCCGUCUGGGGCCAUGUGGCAUCCUCCGCCCUCCCAACGCCUGUGGCCUGGGCCGCGCCGGCCGCGCUGACCGCGUCGACCGCGCUGACCGCGUCGACUGCACCCCACUCCGCCGCUGCGUCCACCACGCCGCCGGCGCCGGGACAGCGGCCAGUGCCGGCUCCGUCACCAGCGACCUCGGUACGACAACCUGUGCAUGCUCCUGGCAAGGUGAUCUCCGGUGAGCCACUUUGGCAGCAAGUCUUUGAACGAUUCUUCGGCGCCGAGGCCCUGAGAGUGACGCAAGCUGGAAGCAGAGAACGCCUAGUCAGCAAGGUCUGGGACUAUGCCAAGAGCAAGCAACUCUUCCGCAGUGAAAACAUUUGCAUCUUUGACCAGCUGCUACAACAGCUCUUUGCACCAGUCGUCCCUGGAGCCACCUACUGCCAGACCACCGUAGCCCGCACGAACGGGACGUGGAACGUCUGGGAGUGAUCGCGUGUGGUUCCACGCGUCGGCGAAGGCGGCCCAGCGACUUCCCUUCACAUCGUGGCCCCCUUCAGUACGUCUAAAAUGAAACAGGUGUGCGGAUAUGCUGUAGAAUGAGAAGCUGUCAUAGAUCUUGCAAACACCUCAGAAUUGGUCCUGGCCUUAGUAUCACUGAGUAGUAAUCAUCAAGCGGAGAGUGCUCUUUUGCUGGCAGCUGGACCCUCAACUCUUUUUUAAAGGUAGCUACAUAAUGCUAAUGCACACGUUCAUUUAUUCCUUUUAACCAAGCCCAGAAGAAUCAAACAGUCCCCAGUCAAAGCCGAUUCCGCAGGGUAUCUUUCAUUCAUAUAUUUCAAAG